GAAAGGAGGAUUUUAUUUAACCAAGAUGUGUAUGAAAUGGAUCUCAGUUCUUCUGCUGAUUCAACUGAGUUGUUGCUUCAACUGUGGAACUUGUGGGAAAGUGCUGGUGUGGCCAACAGAAUACAGCCAUUGGCUCAAUAUCAAGACAAUACUGGAUGAACUUAUUCAGAGGGGCCAUGAGGUGACUGUUCUAGUCUCGUCGUCUUCCAUUCUUAUUGAUUCCAACAAACCAUCUUCUAUCAAAUUUGAGGUUUAUCCUACAGCUCUUACUAAAGAUGAGAUGGAGCUUUUAUUCAUGACAUGGAUUAAGAAAUGGACAUAUGAGGCACCAAAAGAUUCAUUUUUUGCAUAUUUUUCAGUAAUACAAGAAUCUAUUUGGGGAUAUUCUGAUAUUAUUUUAAGGCUCUGUAAAGAUGUAGUUUUGAACAAGAAACUUAUGGUGAAACUACAAGAAUCAAAGUUUGAUGUCUUGUUUGCAGAUGCCGUCAGUCCUUGUGGUGAACUGCAAGCUGAGCUGCUUAAUAUACCCUUUUUGUACACUGUCCGGUUCACUACUGGCUAUUCAUAUGAAAAGUACAGUGGAGGACUCCUAACGCCUCCUUCUUACGUACCUGUUAUUUUGUCAGAAUUACAGGAUCGCAUGACGUUCAUGGAGAGGGUAAAAAAUAUGAUAUAUGUGCUUUACUUUGACUUUUGGUUCCAGCAAGUGAAUGAGAAAAAGUGGGAUCAAUUUUACAGUGAAGUACUAGGUAAGUCAUGUUUUUAUAAGUACACUACCGCUCCAACUUUCCUUGUGCCUUUACAGGUGAAUUUGUGUAAGUAAAAAGACAGAGGAAUAUAAUUUUUGUUAGGAGAAAAUGUGAAAAGAUGUAUCAAUCUUACAAAUAUUAUGGAAAUGUUUUCAUUGUAGAAUUAGUUAGAAGAAUCCUGUGAGCCAUGGACCAGGAAACUCCAGGAAGUCAGAAACUGCAAAAUAAACAUACUUAAAAUUUCUUUAAUUAAUUAUAUAUCCAUUUCAUUAGUCUUUUCACCUUUAUAAAACUCAAUGAAGUGAUGGAUGAACAGAGAUAUGUAGAUUAAAGUGUGAGACUUGCUUGUAGCAUAAACAUUUAUGGACCAUCAAUACGAUUAUUUUUUGUGCUGCUCAGUUUCCCUAUUUACUAACAAAAGAUUUUCAGCAUUACCUCCUCAAGAUUCUGUAAUGAGUGGUAAUCCUUCAGACUCAAAAAAGUAUAAUUUAUGUCUUCAAUAUUUUAUUGAUCUUCUAGCUAAAUAGUCAUCAUCAAAAUAAUGUAAUUAUGAAUAAAUUUGUUUCAUGAACCUUAA